UUCAGUAGUAAGAUCAGCGGGAGAGAUGCAGACUGCAGAAUCUGGACAUGGCGAUCGUCGGUUCUGUACUGAAGCUGCUGCAGCGGCAGACCUACACCUGUCUGUCUCACCGUUACGGACUCUACCUGUGCUUCGGAGGACUCGUGCUGAUGAUCGUAUCCGCCUUCCAGUUCGGAGAGGUGGUGCUGGAAUGGAGUCGGGAUCAGUACCAUGUUCUGUUUGACUCCUACAGGGACAAUGUGGCUGGCAAGUCUUUUCAAACGAGACUAUGUUUGCCCAUGCCCAUUGAUGUGGUGUACACUUGGGUGAAUGGUACUGAUGCUGAUAUACUGAAGGACCUUCAUAAAGUAAGACAACAGCUGGAGGAGGAGCAGAAAAAGCUAAGGGAGAAGCUGGGGAACAAUGCAAGUGACAUAACUGAGGCCCCUAAACAAAGGCCUGAAUGCUUGCUGUCACACUGCAUUGUGGGCCCUGCGCUAGUGUUGGACCCAGCUCUGUCAUCUAACAUCACUUUGAAGGAGCUGCCCUCAAUUUCAGCUGCAUUCUCAUCCACCAAGCAGCUUCUGCAGGUCGCCAAACCUCUACAGCCCUCCAGCAGUGUGACUGUUCUUUUCUUCCAUGCCCAGAGUGAAGCGGAUACAGCUUACUCUGAUGCCCAGAAGGACUUUCCGAAAAACUCUAUCUCCAGAGCCUAUCUGACGACAGAUAAAGAAGCUCCAGGUCUGGUACGGAUUCAAAUGCUAGCCUACCUGAGUGGCUUCCCCUCUUCCUUCAAAGAGACGGAGCAGCUGAGAAUCAAACUGCCAUCUGUGGUGACCAGCAAAAUCAAACAGCUCCAGCUAUACUCUGAAGCCAGCAUUGCUCUCCUUCACCUAAACAGAGCACAGGACUUCAUAGACCUCCAACAACAGGCUAAGAAGAACCUAACUGUGGAUAGUAAAGAGCUCACUGUCAGCCCAGCGUACCUCUUUUGGGACCUCAGUGCUGUCUCGCAGUCGAAGCAGGAUGAAGAUGUGUCGGCAAGUCGCUUCGAGGACAACGAGGAGCUGCGCUAUUCUCUGCGUUCAGUGGAGAGACACGCCCCUUGGGUGCGGCAUAUCUUCAUAGUGACCAACGGGCAGAUUCCUUCCUGGUUAAACCUUGACAAUCCUCGCGUUACUGUAGUUACCCAUCAGGAGAUCUUUCAGAACCAGUCACACCUGCCUACGUUCAGCUCUCCCGCCAUCGAGACUCACAUCCAUCGUAUUCCAGGUCUCUCGCAGAAGUUUAUCUACCUCAAUGAUGACGUCAUGUUCGGCAAAGAUGUGUGGCCUGAUGAUUUCUACAGCCACUCGAAGGGCCAGAAGGUGUACCUGACCUGGCCUGUUCCUAACUGUGCCGAGGGCUGCCCGGGCUCUUGGAUCAAGGAUGGCUACUGCGACAAGGCUUGCAAUAACUCAGCCUGUGACUGGGAUGGUGGAGAUUGUCUGGGUGUGGCAGGCAGCAGUCGGUUUGGCGGCGGAGGUGCUGGUGCAGUUGGAGGAGCUGGACAGUCCUGGCAGUUUGCUGCAGGAUUAGGAGGCCUGGGUGGAGUUUCCUUCUGUAAUCAAGGAUGUGCUAACUCCUGGCUGGCUGAUAAGUUUUGCGACCAUGCAUGCAAUGUGCUGGCCUGCGGCUUCGACGUAGGAGACUGCGGACAAGAUCACUUCAGUCAGCUGCACCGUGUUGACCUGCAGAGGAACCAGACCCUUUACACCCUGCCUCGGGGCGAGCUGCAUCCAUACUUCAGCUUCUCAGGUUUUGCCAAUCGCAUUUUGGAGGCACAAGUAAGCGACAGCCCUGUGGUACGCCACUCAUCUGUCGCCAACAAGUGGAAAACGGUACACCUCCUGCUGCUGCCAGGCUACAAUGCCACCCAAAUCCAGUACAACCUGACUUUCCAGGGCUCGGGUGAUCGUGAAUUCACCAUGGGCAUCACUGUAUCGGUAGACACACGGGAGCUUCCAAAAUCGAACAUAUCAGAUACCGUCCAGGAGGAAAAGGACAACGAUGCCAAGCCGACUGAGUCAAGCACUGAGCCAGAGGUUCUGUUCACAGAUGUUCCUGUUGAAAAACGAGGCCCCCAUGUACGACAAGACCACCUGGGUGGACCUGAGGUGACUGUUAAAGUGCCUGAGCUAAAUGAAUCUCUCUUGCCAGACAAAGUUAGAAGUGAGCUUGAACGGCUGGACAAAAAGCUUCUUCUAGGGGACAUCACCCAGAAGGGCUAUAACUUCACAAAAGCCAGACUGCUAAGAGAAUUCUUUAAAAGUGAAGGCUCUGAGCUUCAAAGAAACAGCAGAUCAGUAAAAAAUAAACAGCAAGCAGCAGGUGAAGAGACAGUGGGUGGGGAUGAAUCAAAAAUGAACGAUGAACAGGGGGCCAAAACCACUUUCAUCGCAAUUAACAUUGACAGUGAGCCUAAAAAGGAGCUAGCCAAGACUACAGAGAAAGUUCUUGUCUCCAGAUUCCUCAGCUCACUGGUAGGAAGCAGGGUUAAGGAGAAACCCCAGGAAGGAAAUGUGGAGGAUAAUGUGGUACACCGUGUGGCUCGUAAACUCCAGCAUUACCCAGGUUUUGAAUGGAGCUUCUUGCCAUGGGAAAGAAGCAAAUAUUUCCAGGACCUUCUUGAGGAAGGAGAGAGACUAGAGCUAGAGCUGCAGUAUGAAGCAGACAGUGCUGCAGCAAGCCGAAAGUUGCAGGACACCUUCGCUGAUUCUCUACGCUACGUCAACAAACUACUGAAUGGAAAAUUUGGCUUCACAUCACGGAAAGUGCCAGCCCACAUGCCGCACAUGGUCGAUCGUCUUAUUAUGCAGGAACUACAGGACACCUUUCCUGAAGGGUUUGAUAAGACCUCAUCCCAUCGCGUGCGCCACUCUGAGGACAUGCAGUUCGCUUUCUCCUACUUCUAUUUUCUGAUGAGUGCUCAGGAGCAGCUCAACGUCUCUCAGGUCUUUGACGAAGUCGACACGGAUGGUUCGGGCGUUCUGUCUGACAGAGAGAUCCGCACCCUUGCGACACGCAUCCAUGAACUACCGCUGAGCCUGCAGGAUCUGACCGGUCUGGAACAGAUGCUGAUAAACUGCUCAAGGAAUCUGCCUACUAAUCAGACACAGCUCCAUAUGGUUAACCCCACCCAGGAGACCUACUACGACCCCAGCAUGCCUCCAGUUACUAAAGGUCUAGUGAUCCACUGCAAGCCCAUCGCAGAGAAAAUUCAGAAGGCCUACAAAGACCAGAACAAAUACAAGUUUGAGAUCAUGGGUGAGGAAGAGAUUGCCUUCAAGAUGAUUCGAACCAAUGUGUCACAUGUAGUGGGCCAGCUGGAUGACAUUAGGAAGACCCCAAGGAAGUUUGUCUGUUUGAAUGACAACAUAGACCACAGCCAUAAGGAUGCCAGCACAGUGAAAGCUGUACUAAGGGAUUUCUAUGAAUCCAUGUUCCCUCUGCCCUCGCAGUUUGAGCUGCCUCGCGAGUACCGCAACCGCUUCCUCCACAUGACAGAGCUGCAGGAAUGGAGAAUAUACAGGGAUCAGCUGAAGUUUUGGACCCACUGUGUACUGAUCACACUGGUCGUCUUCACAGUCAUCUCCUUCUUUGCUGAACAGCUAAUUUUGCUGAAGCGACGGCUCUUCCCCAGACGCAGGGUCAGUAAGGAAACCGAACGUGUGUAAGGACCAGAGUAAAGACUGAAAGGCUAAAAGCACCCUUGUUCUCUGCUUUCCUUCUUACUCUCUGUGAGAGGAUGAAGAGUAGAGAGUGAAGCUUUGCAGAUUUGUGGACUAAGCAGUGUUCCUGUUUUAUUCUUAAUAAGAAUAAAUCAGAAGGAUCAGAUGCACUGUUCUUCCUUGCCUAGGUUUAUUAUAAAUGACUGAACAAAUAAAGCUGAUGAAGUGGAACAGCUGCAUGUAUUCUCCACAAGGGGGAGAGUGAGACACUCCUGUGUGUGGUGAUAAGCAGAUAACCACCAGAAACACAACAUUGUGUGCCAGAACUUGAGUGUUUAUGGACGUGCAGGUGGUCAGACAUUUCUGUUAAACGAACACAAUUUUAAAUAAAAUGAAGGUGAAUAUGAUUUAAAAGAGUAAUUGCAGAGGGAAUGGGGUUUGUGUGAUUUUAGUUUUUACUGUUGCUCUUUGUUCAUACUGUACACUGGUGCCUUUUCUCCAGUAUGAAUAAACCUGUGAAACUUC